GAUUGGAGUUGUUCUGGGAAAUCAUUGUUAGUACAAAUGGAUUGAAUGAAGGUUGUGGAUGAUGGUAAUGGAGAGGAAAGUAGGGUGCUGCAUGUGAAUGAAUGCCUUAUAGCAAGACAUGCGCAUCCACAACACAACCGAGCCAUCAUCCUCAUAUUGUUUUCUCUUCUUCCCCAUUUGAAUCGUCCACCGACAGGAUGGCAAUAUCAUGACAACAACUUACGGCAACUUCGCCAUGGUAGCGCGUCCUUGGUUCAAAAGGUUCGUAGCGUCUCCCGUACCAUCGACCAGGUCGGUGAAAUGGUACUGCAGCGCCUCUUCAUCGGGCUUGUCGACGUACUCCAGGAUUUCGAAGAUGGCGCCUGA